CGGCCUCGGCGGGAGCGAGCCCCGGGCCGCAGCCCGCGGGCGGCGGCGCGGGCGGCGGCGGGCACUGACGGCGUCGCGGGGCGCUCCCAGGCGGCGGCGCAGCGGCAGCAGCGCAGGGGGCGGAGGCAGGGGGCGCCCCCAGCCAGGAUGCUGCGGUUCCUGCGCCGGACCUUUGGCCGCCGCUCCAUGCAGCGCUACGCGCGGGGCGCGGCAGGGCGCGGGGCCGCCGGGCUGGGGGACGAGCGCGACGGGGGGCCACGGGGGGGUCCGGCCUCCGCCGCCGCCUCCUCGGCGCUGCCCGCCGCGCCCGGGGGCAGCGUGUUCCCGGCCGGCGGCGGGCCCCUGCUCACGGGCGGCGCGGCGGUGCACAUCUCCGCCGCCGGAACGGCUAAGGCCACCCUGUACUGCCGUGUCUUCCUGCUCGACGGGACCGAAGUGAGCGUGGAUCUGCCGAAACAUGCCAAAGGCCAGGAUUUGUUUGAUCAGAUCGUGUACCACUUGGACCUUGUGGAAACAGAUUACUUUGGCCUCCAGUUCCUCGACUCUGCCCAGGUCACACACUGGCUGGAUCAUUCCAAACCCAUAAAAAAGCAGAUGAAAAUUGGACCUGCUUAUGCAUUGCACUUUCGAGUUAAAUACUAUUCCUCAGAACCGAACAAUCUUCGAGAAGAGUUUACAAGGUACCUGUUUGUUUUACAACUCAGGCAUGACAUUCUCUCUGGAAAAUUGAAAUGCCCCUAUGAAACGGCUGUGGAAUUAGCUGCCCUCUGUCUGCAAGCAGAGCUUGGGGAGUGCGAACUUCCGGAACACACACCAGAGCUUGUGUCUGAGUUUCGGUUCAUUCCAAAUCAGACAGAAGCGAUGGAAUUUGAUAUCUUCCAGAGAUGGAAAGAGUGCAGGGGAAAGAGCCCUGCCCAGGCGGAACUCUCCUAUCUGAAUAAAGCGAAGUGGCUGGAAAUGUAUGGGGUAGACAUGCACAUUGUCAGGGGAAGAGAUGGCUGUGAAUAUUCUCUUGGACUGACCCCGACAGGCAUAUUAAUCUUUGAAGGAGCUAACAAAAUAGGCUUAUUCUUUUGGCCUAAAAUUACCAAAAUGGAUUUUAAAAAGAGCAAACUGACACUCGUGGUGGUGGAGGAUGAUGACCAGGGCCGUGAGCAAGAGCACACCUUUGUGUUCCGGUUGGACAGUGCCCGGACCUGCAAGCAUCUGUGGAAGUGUGCUGUGGAGCACCACGCCUUCUUCCGCCUGCGCACGCCGGGAAACAGCAAGUCCGCCAGAUCGGACUUCAUCAGGCUGGGCUCCCGCUUCAGGUUCAGUGGGCGGACAGAGUAUCAAGCUACGCACGGCGCCCGUUUACGAAGAACCAGCACCUUCGAGAGGAAGCCCAGUAAACGCUACCCAUCCCGGAGACAUUCUACCUUCAAAGCAAGCAACCCGGUGAUCGCUGCUCAGCUCUGCUCUAAAACAAAUCCUGAAGUCCAUAAUUACCAGCCUCAGUACCAUCCGAACGUCCACCCCAGCCAGCCCCGGUGGCACCCUCACUCUCCAAAUGUCAGUAACCCUUCACUCUGCAAACAAAACAGGCCACCCUUUCAGGAUGACAGGUGGCUCUGGAAAGCACCGGCCAGCGGAGAGGACAGCCAUUCUGUCCACGCCCAGAACCCGAGGAACGUAGGAGGGACGCACAGUGUGAUGUGUCGGGACAAACUCAUGACUGCUCUCUGAGACUGAAGCGUCUCACUCCAGGCCCCACCGUGCCGUCACUGCAUCCCAUGAGAAGGGUCUUGGUGUCAAGUGCAUGUGUUCCUACAAGUGUCUCUGUGGAACGGUUCUGAGAGCCGUUUUCAGUGUCUGUGUAAAUAUUUGAAGAGAGCCACAAUAGCUGGCCGUGAUUUACUGUUGACGGCGUUCUCGACAAAAUGAAGGGAGCUGAAGGCUCAGCAAUCAUUUUUAUAUUCUGAUUUUAAAAUCGGAGCUAAAGUCUACGUUUACCCUCUCACUGCUUACCUGAUAUUCUUUGUUAUUUAAUUAAUGGGACCAAUUAAAUCAAAAAAGAGGGGGAACAUAGCUCAGCCUACACUGGGGUGGGAACAGAGACUGCUAGCGUCCAGCCUGCACCACUGAGUGACCUUGUCUGAGCUGGUUCCCCUUGUUUGGCCCCAUUCCCCCAUCUAAAAAUGAGUUGGACUAAGUGAUCUCCAAGAUCUUUUCUGACUCUCAAAUUCUUUGAUUUAUGAAAAUAUAAUUUCUUGGAGGUUGAGGACAUACCUUCAAACUAAACGACCUGCUUCUGUUGCCUCAGAAAUGCAACAAAGUAUAUAACUUAUUAGAUGUUCUGUAAACACAGGGAGACUUUUUGAAUUUCAGAUCUUAAAGCAGUUCAGCCACUUUGAAUUUCAGCCUUAGCACUAAUCACAAAUGGCAUAGCAUCCAUUUUGAUAGCAUUUGCUGCUCAAGUGUAAAAUAAUUUUUAAUGUCUUAAUCAUCGGUGCUGCUCUCUUGCAUGAUCUUCAGAAGACAUCGCUGUGAAUACACACUGUCAGGAUUCGGGGGUUGGGUUUUACUCUAGACUUCACUCCUUUGAAAUGGAACCUGCGGAUUGAGACGCACCUGAGGCUCCCGUGAAAACAUGGGAGAUUUUACAGAGGUUGUGCCAAAGCAUUUUGUAGCACAGGGAAGGCAGGCCUGGCCCCAGUCUUUCUGUAGAACCAACCAGAAAACCAUUUUUUUCUUUUUUUUUUUGGUGGUGCUGGGGAUUGAACCCAGGGCCUUGUGCAUGCAAGGCAAGCACUCUACCAACUGAGCUAUAUCCCCAGCCAGAAAACCAUGUGUUGUCUUUUAGGGUGACACUUGAACCAAAAUAUUUAUUUUCCCCAUUUCAAUUCAUGAGUCAAGCAUGUUUUAAUAGAUAGGCCUGAGAUAUUUUUUCAUUAGUGUAAUCAGGUGAUUAUUAUGCCACUUUUAAAUAUGCAGUUGUAAUUUGGCUCCCAUUUUUAAGCCCCUCAACAUAUAUUGACAUCCUUUGAGAGAUUUUAAUGCUACCAUCUGAUCUCUUUUGGUGACCACAGUCAAUUCAGGAGGAGGGUCUCGGCUGCACACCAUGCCCAGUGGGUGGAUCACCUAUAACCUGUCCCUGGGGUAUUUGUUUACAGGUGUAUUCCAUUUUAGCAGGUGUUUUGAUCCUCAGUGUAUGUGCUGUGCCCAAAUAAAUGUGUUCUGAAUCUUUUCAUCUUACUGAUAACAUUUUUACAAAUGUGUUUCCAAAGAAUAAAGAUUUUUCUUCCUUUUUCUUUUUUUUUUUUUUUUCCUUUUUUUGAGUCCAUCUUCAUUUUAUCGAUUCUUGCUUCUGCCCCAAAUUCUCAAUGGUGGAUGAUCUCAGUGAUGGGACAGUUGGCUUUUGGCAUUCUGAAGGUGAGCAUUCAGUUAGGUGGCACGGAGCAAGAUCAUCCUAGGACAAGACUGCUCUUGGCAAGAGUGGCUCGUCUCUUCUUGCAGACACAGUGGCCGAGGCAUUUCAGGGCAACUCUGGUGAAGGUCAUAGAACCUGGUCACUGGUGCUGAGCAGAAUGAAGUGGUGGCAGUGGGGUCUUCCUACUGACAAUCCUAUGGUGAGGGUGGGGGUUUGUCUUGGCAACUUUGUUCUUCCUGACUGGAAGACAUACAGACCUGGGUCUGUGGCCUCCUGGAGACUGUGUAUGCUGUCUGAUACCCUCUAAUAAAUAUCUUUCUGCUUAAAGUAA